AUGGACCACCUACUGAAUGACGAGUCCUUGGACGAUGCUACCGACGUCGUCGUCAUCAAAAACGAGACCGUUCAUGUUACCGAAGCACUUGUCACAGCAUCGCAGACACUGCCAUACCUCGCCAACUCUGUUAUCCAUUCCGACCAUUCUGCUGCCAGUCUUGGGCUGCAUAUACUCUCAGCAUCAGCAGCCACGCCAUCCGUAUUGAUGUCUGUUCCAAAACCACCUCCACGACUACCACCUAUUAGUCUUUUGACGGCCGCCGCUGCAGCACUGCAGCCUAUGCAAUGCAAUCCGCUGCAGACACCAGCGUUACCAUCUCCACCCCAGUCCCGGGUGUUACAUCUUAGGAUGACCCCAUUGCAAGCUGUGAGGCAAGCUUCAUCCGCCCCUUCUUCAUCCUUUCUAGUCCCACCACCGUGCAGCGACCUACUCCAAGCGGACGACAUCUUGUGUCGCUAUCGCAACAAGAAAUGUGGCUACCCUCGGGCCAUCAAGCGCAACGGGGAACGUCAUAAUCUUUGCGAGCGCCACCGUGCUAAAGCGAAUCAGAACCAGCGUAAACUUGAGAGUAAACGACGCGUCAAGAAGCGAAUGAUGCAACGCGUGGCGGACCGAGUUGUAAACGUGAAGAGGAUGGCAGCGUCGCCAAAUCGCGAGAUUAAAUUCACUUUGUACGGCACCACCCUUGCAUGA